AUGUCCGGUGCCGAUCCCCAUGCCAUUCCGCAAGCUAGAGGACAUCGUGCGGCGGUUCGAGCGCACGGCGGUCAAAGAAUGCUUCUUCACCUUCCCGCGGCGAGCGUCAAGAAGCUCAAGGCGCGGGCCAACGGCGAGAUGGCCUGCAGCGCCACGGCCACCAUCUCGUCGCUCCAGGCGGUCCUGGCGCACUUCUGGCGCGCCGUGUGCCGAGCCCGGCGCCUCCCUCCUGAGCACGGCACGCUCUACUCGGUGGUGGUCGGGUGCCGCGGCCGCAUGAACGGCAUACCGCCGGGUUACGUCGGCAACGCCUUGGUGUUCGGCAAGGCGGAGGCCACCGCCGGCGAGAUCGAGGAGAAGGGGCUGGGCUGGACGGCGUGGCUGCUGAACCGCGCCGUGGCGUCGUUCGACGAGGCGACCAUGAGGGAGUCGCUGGAGCGGUGGGUCCGGGAGCCGGACUUCACGUACAUGGACAACCUGUCCUCUGCCGGCACGGCGCUGGUGACCGGGAGCUCGCCGAGGUUCGACGUGUUCGGGAACGACUUCGGGUGGGGGAAGCCGCUGGCCGUCCGGAGCGGCUCCGGGAACAAGGCCGACGGCAAGGCCACGGUGUUCGAGGGGCCAGAGCGGGGAGGGAGUAUAUCGCUAGAGGUGUGCAUCGCGCCGGACGCGCUCGAGAGGCUCGUCGCCGACCAGGAGUUCAUGGACUCGGUGAGCACGCCGGCGGCGUGA